CCAGCAUCAUGCGGCUCACCCAAAGUCAGUCUCUCUCGCACGCACCCGUCGUUGCUCCCUCCCCCCGACCUUCCUCCUCGCCGAAUGGCACACCGCGAAACCAAAAUCUCGCAAUCCGAACCAAUCCCAGCAACCUAGCGCCGCCGCCGCUCGAUCCCGCCUCGCCGUGCCGGCGCCCCUGGAGGAUCGCAGCCCAUCACGCGCUGCGGGGGGAUUCCGCUCCAAUCCGAAUCCUAGCCUCCCGCGGGACGCCGCGGGUCUAGUCUCCGGACUCGUAGGAGGAGGUUUCGAGGAUUGGUCUCCGAGCUAGAGAUGUACGGGCAGGGAGGGAGCUUUAAUCCACACUAUCGCCAUGGCGCGCCGCCGCCCCAUCUACCUGGGGUAACUGGGUCCUUCCCUCAAAAACAUGCCCAGCCGCCGCCAGCACCGUACCAACAGCAUCCAGGAAUGCGGCCUCCACCUGUGCCAUACCAGCACGGGGUACCUCCACCUCAGAACCAGCCAUACCCUUUUGCCCAGCAGCAGAGAGGCUAUGCACCGAUGCCAAUGCCUCCGCAGCAGAGAGGUUAUGCGCCGAUGCCAAUGCCAGGGCCGCUGCCGCCACAACAAGCUAUCUAUCAGCCCCCUCCACAGUAUCCCAUCCUAGGGCCCCUCCCUCCACCGCCGCCUCGGCCACCCAGCUUUGCUCCGGAGAAUGCGCUGCCUCCAUCUGGCCCGCCGCCACCACCUCCUCCACCACCCUCGUCUCCUCCCCCUACUGUGCCGCUCGGACCUCACACUGCUGUAGUCGCACAGUCAUGGGAUGCAGAAGCAGAAGGAAAAGAAGGCGGUGAUGGUGGCCAUGAUGCCAAAACUCUGAAAGCAGCUAGUCAGCUAAUUGUGUCUGAUGACUCAGAUAUGGAUAUGGAUGGGGAUGAGGACUCUCCAUCAAGGCAACCUCUUACCCCAGAGAAUUCUUCGCUUGUGACUGCCGAAUAUACUGGAGAUGUUAAUGUGUCAAAGUCUGUCAGUGAUGUUUCAAGCCUUGGCAAGAAUUUGCCACCUGGCAGUGGUGAGAAUGCUAAAACUGCACAUGUAACCGUGGAUGGUGGGAGCCCACUCCGAUUAGUACAAGGUUAUGCCUCUGAUGACAGUGCAAAUGAGGUUGGUCCUGGUCCUGGUGGUGCCAGCACCCACGUUAUAUUGCCCGAAGAUAACAAGCACAAUCAACCAGAUGAUAGAAAUACUGAAAUCAGUUAUCAGAAACAUGCUAAUGCGAAAGGAAAUGUGAGUGCGCCUUCUGGCACUGAACAUAAUGAUGAGGCUGGAAAGUAUCGUCUCAAGGAUGAGAGCAGCCCAGUGAAGCGUGGCACAGAUGUGCUUGAGCAUCUAGCCAAGGAAGAUUUAAGUGACAGUGAAUUUGAUGGAGGGCAUCGGAGGAGGCAAAGGAAACGAAACCGGAGCAAGUCACCUCAUGGUAGAAGUUGUAGUCCGCUGGGGUCAAACAAGGGCAGUCCAUUCCGAAGUUCCUCACCUGGAAAUCAAAGCAGGCCACCAUAUGCUAAGCGGGUUCAUCCUGCUGGAGAAAGUAAUGAUUCAGGAGAUAGAAUUGCUCAGCAAGAGGGCCUGGUGUUGAUAGAGAAAUCGAAUAGUUCUUCAAAUGAUUUAAUUGGCAAAGUGGGAGAUAAUGCUGCACCUGAUGGUGCCCUUGGACAGCAUUUUCAUGGUGACAAUUUAACUUCUGAGCCUUCACAGCCAGUGUCUGUUUCUGCAAAUGCAGCUGAUCCUUAUAAGGUGCAAAGACCAUGCUGCCCAUCACAGUCUCAAUCAGACUUAAAUGUGUCUUCAUCAUCUGGUGAUCAAAUUCCUGCGGGCCAAUCUACUGCAAGUGCUCCUACCAAGAACUCCAUGGCACGUGAUCAUCUCCAGCCUCAUCCUCAGAGUUUGGGCCCUCCUGAACACAUGCCAUCCUCAAAUGUGAUUCGGCUACCAGGACAACCAUUAUAUGCAGCUUCAGAAUUCCCUCAAACGCAGUUCCAGCAUAAUGUUAUUGCACCAGAAAAUGAGUUUAUGCAGAACCAGAUGAGAAGCUAUCCUCCACCAGAGCUGUCUCGUCCUAGGCCAUUGGACUUCCAUCAUCAUACGCUCCCACUGGCUGUUCCUUCUCACCAGCAGCCUUCUGCCAUUCCUGUUGAAAAUGCUCCAGUACCUCCUCCAAACAGAUGGUCAGAGUAUUCUGGUGGUGUAGGUCUAUCUUACCCAUCUCAUCAGCCGCCUUCUGGCCAGCACCAACCUCCUGGGAAUCUGGAUUCAGGAACUAACUUGGUUUAUCCUUUCCAGAGAUUUCCAUCAACACUACCAGGAAGUAGCGAUCUUGGUCCUUUAUCUGAGGUUGGUUUACCUAAAUCAUCUAUCAAACCCCACUACAACCCAUUUGCAUCUACCUUUGAACAAACAGAUCCAAGCCUAGAUAUUGGUCCUGUUGUAAGCCCAAAUGCAGUUGGUUCUAUCUCCACAAAAGCAGAACACAUGAAUGUCCUGUCUCCUUUUGGUCAAUCAUUUCCUGGAUCUAGAACACAUGCCCACGAAAGUUCUGCAGAAGCUGUUUCCAAUAAACAAAAGCCAUUCCAUCAGGAGUUUUCUUCUGCUGCUCCGUAUGAUCCAUUGCUUGACAGUAUUGAACCAUCAAGCAGUUCAAUCAACAAGGUAGAUCCUGGUAAAGGUAAAAACCGGAGUGCUGCUGAUAGUCGUGAUGUGUCAAAACUUAUGAAUAUAGAAGUGGAUAGUGAAAGUAUGCAUGGACUGGGGGUUGUUGCCGAGUCAGAAGUUGAGGGACUUGGAGAGGUGGCAGUAGAUACCGAAGCAGGUAUGGUGGAGAAUGCAAGUCCUGAAUUCUUGGGUGCUAAAGACUGGAACUCAGAUAUCCCUGGUGAUAUUGACGAUGACCAAACAAUGGACAAAAAUAAGAAGGGUAAGGAUUCCAGAUCAAUGAAGCUUUUUAAGAUUGCUAUUGCAGAUUUUGUUAAGGAAGUUCUUAAGCCAUCAUGGAGGCAGGGAAACAUGAGCAAAGAGGCUUUCAAAACUAUUGUCAGGAAAACAGUUGAUAAGGUUUCUAAUUCAGUCCCUAGCAGUCAUAUUCCAAAGACACCUGCCAAGAUUAGACAUUAUGUACAAUCCUCUCAAAGGAAGGUGACCAAAUUAGUAAUGGGGUAUGUCGACAAGUAUGUGAAGCUAUAGUUGGAUGAGUAGUGGGACUAUGUGCUGAACCAGUCAGAACUGUAAAGACUCCAGAGUCUGUGAUGCGUACUGAAUGAGGCUGCAAAUUGGGUAAUCUAUCUGCAUGAAACGGUUAUUCCACAGUAAGAUAUUUUGCUCUAGUUCCGCCGGAAAUGUUGUAUUUUAUUGGAAUAUCACGUGUCUAGGUUUGCCUCCAGUUUUGAUAAUUUGCAGCCUGAUCUUUGUACCUUGUAAGGCAUGCCCUUCCUGUUUUGUUGAUAUGGUAUUUCCAUUUCUUCCCCAACAUGGGAUAAUAGGAUGACCUACAGGGUGUGCGCUAUUUCCGCAAACAAUCUGCUGAAAGAUCUUUGUUUCUUAAUGGUAAAUGUACGUGCUGAGAGCUGGAUGAUUUAACAAA